AUGGCUACAAAAAAAUUUGCUGGUCCCUCUCCUUACACAUUCAAGAGUGGAUAUCCUGAGGUUGACUACCUACAUACUGAAUAUGUCAACAAUGUGAUAACUAACACGGGGGGUAAACCUAAAACCUCCCCGGUUGUUGGUGCCAUUUUUGGUCUUGGUAGAGCGGGCUCUAUUCACUUAAGUAGUAUAGUCCGUAAUCCGAGAAUCAUCUUGAAAUAUAUCGUCGAUGAUCGCACAGAAAUAUUUGAGAAACUUAAAGCUUAUUGGAAUUUGGGCGAUGAUGUAACUUUCCUAACAUCAAAACAGCAAGAACGUGUCUUCAACGACAAAUCUGUCAAUGUAGUUUUCAUCGCGUCACCAACCUACACUCACCAUGACAUCGUUGUCAACUCCAUUGCAAAUAACAAAGACGUUUUUUGCGAAAAGCCCAUAGCCGAGACUAUUGAAGAAACUAAAAAAUGCUACGAAGCAGCUAAAGCUAAAGGUCGUGUUUUGUUUGCUGCCUUUAACCGCCGUUUCGACCCAGCUUAUAGGGCAUUGAAGGACAGAGUGCGAAAUGGAGAAGUCGGUCAUGUGCAGAUCUUGAAGGUAACAGCGAGAGAUUCACCCUUACCUUCCGUCGACUAUCUAAAGACUUCAGGUGGAGUUUUCCAUGAUUGCCUGGUGCAUGAUUUUGAUAUGUCGUGUUGGGUGUUGGGAGAGUUACCGAUUCGUGUUCAAGCUUCAGCCUCCGCUCUAAUUCCCGAAGUGAAAGCCAUUGAUGAUUUCGAUACUAUUGCUUUCCUCCUGACCUUCCCGUCUGGCGCGAUUGCCAUUGGCGACAACAGUCGUUACAGUGCUUACGGCUACGACCAGAGAUUAGAAGUUUUUGGAAACAAAGGUAUGAUCAAGGCUGAAAACGAAAGGCCAGCUCACUCCACCGAAACUCUAUUAGGACAUAGCGGAGUCCAACUGAACCCUAUUUAUUAUUCGUUCCCGUCGCGCUUCAAGGUUGCUUACCAACGCGAACUAGAACAUUUCCUGGAUGUUGUACAAUAUGGGGUACCUCAAGAUGUGACUAGUUGGCAGACUCUUGCAGUGAGCAAGAUUGCGACCGCAGCCGAAAAAAGUGCUCGCACUGGUAAAGCUGUCGAGAUUGAUUGGAGUAAAGAUGACAUCCCCACUCCUUACUCG